CGCCUCGCCAUCAAAUCCUGUAGCCACCGGCUGUAUUCCCGCCGUGCCUACUGUACGUUUAGUGACGCGUCGUUUCCCUUCCUUGACGGAGAGAGAUCGUGCCCUUUCAGGCGUGACUCAUUGGCGGAGGUAGCGGUGGUCGUUGAGGGCGCGCUCGGCUUCGCGUGUUGCAACUCCCGGCGUCAGACAGGAUAACGUCGGUUCCCGAUAGCGGCGUUGCGCUCGCUUGCACCGCACGGACUGCCGUCGCCUGGAAACAUGUACCGGGAAUAGUGGCCCUCCCACCGCUGCGCCAUAUCUUCCUCUACUCGAGAGCGCCCUCGUGAGAGCUCGUGUUAUUGCAGCUCACACGAGAAUGUCGACCGACACGACGCUGGUCGAGAAGUUCGAAGGCUGCCUGGUGGGCGCGCUGAUGGGCGACUGCAUGGGUGCCCCCUUCGAGACUGAUUUCACGGGCAGUCACUUUCCAAACCAGCAGACCUUCUUCCAAAACCUGCUGAAGCACACCGUAGUGCCUGGUCCCAGCGCUGGCCGCAACUUUCGCCCUUCCAAGGUUCAUCCAGGCCGUGGCGAGUACCACUACACAGACGACACAGCGAUGACGAUGUGCUUGGCUAAGUCACUACUUACCAAGCGCCGCUUCGAUGCCUUGGAUGUCGCGAAAAGAUUCACAACUGAGUACUUCGAGAACGAGGCUCUAGUCGGCGAGUACGGAAACGCGGUUCGGGACGUGUUUCGCAAGCUGAAAAACAUCAACUACGAGGAUCCAUACAAGCCUGGCCAGGAACAGUUUGGCGGACGUGGCUCGUAUGGCAACGGCGCUGCGAUGCGCGUGGCACCGGUGGCUUUGUUCUUCAUGGAUGACCUGCAGAAAAUGGUCGAGGUGGCGAGAAACCAGGCGAAGAUCACGCACAGCAACAAGAUCGGCUACAACGCGGCCAUCAUGCAGUGCAUGGCUGUGUAUCUUGCACUGAAGAGUGAUCCUAAGACGCCCCUGGACCCAAUGGUCUACUUAGACCACCUCAUAGCUUUGACGGACAAGCUCGAAGAGGCCAUUGACGGAUUCAAACCUUUGGUAUUCAAGUUGAUGCACAUAAAAAAGAUUUUAUCGAAUCCCGAGCUUGAUCCUACACCAGCUGAAGUGGCUAAGACGCUCGGAAACGACAUCACAGCGCAAGGAUCUGUGCCCACCGCAAUCUACAGCUUUUUGAGAUCACAGAGGCCCUUAAAAGACUUCGAGCACGAGAGUCCGUUCGUGCGCUGCCUGUACUUCGCGGUGGCGUGUGGCGGCGACGCAGACACCAUCGCGUCCAUGGCAUGCAGCAUAUCGGGCGCCUUCCACGGCAUCUCGGCCAUACCCAGCGUGCUCCAGCGCCAGUGCCAGGCCGUCGACGAAGUGACGCGGAUAGCAGACUGCUUAGAAGAAGCGGUGUCCAAGUGACCCUCACGGCACCGGCGCCGGCCGCCACUUAUUUAUGUAUUGAACGCGCGCCGAGCAGCAAGCAGUCCACCGCUUGGCGGCGGCCCGGGCGUUCCACGCUUCCCGUGCCGGUAUUUGCUAGAACAGCCGGACUGUCGCGCUUCUCGAUGUUUGUUUUGAUCUGGAUGUAUAAAUGAUGAACGGAGGAGUAACGAGUUCUGUUAUUGUGUUGUAUUUUGUUGCAAUCUGCGCCUCAAGCUCGUUAUGUUUUUUUUUGUUUAUUUUUGACCUUGCGCUGAGUAAACAGAUAGAAACGCA